GUCCGCCCCGGGGCGGGCCCCGCGCUCUCCCCGCCCCGCGACGGGCCGCUCUCCCCGCCGCCGCUGCCGCCAUGGAGGAACAGAAGGAGAACCGCCCGCAGGCCGCCCUCAACGAGGCGCCGGCGCCGCCCGCCCCCGCCGCCGGCCCGCCGGGUAGGCAGCAUUGUAGGAUCAGUGAUCAAGAAACUAAUGGGAGAAACUCCACUGCCAGUUCAAAUGACUUCAGUGAUCCCAUUUACAAAGAAAUUGCUAUAACCAAUGGUUAUAUCAACAGAAUGACCAGAGAUGAGCUCAGAAGUAAACUUGCAGAGUUCAAGCUUGAAACCAGAGGAGUGAAAGAUGUGCUGAAAAAGAGACUGAAAAACUAUUAUAAGAAACAGAAGCUGAUGCAGAAAGAACCCAUUAAUGGAGACAGCUACUAUGACUACAUCUGUGUUGUUGACUUUGAAGCAACAUGUGAAGAAGGAAACCCACCUGAAUUCAUGCAUGAAAUAAUUGAGUUUCCUAUUGUCUUACUAAACACGCAUACCCUGGAAAUAGAAGAUACUUUUCAGCAAUACGUGAAGCCAGAAGUUAAUCCCAAACUUUCAAACUUCUGCAUUAGUCUGACAGGAAUCACCCAGGACAUUGUUGAUAAAGCUGAUACAUUUCCUCGAGUUCUGCAGAAUGUCAUAGAGUGGAUGAGACAGCGAGAACUGGGAACAAAGUAUAGAUAUUCCAUGUUGACAGAUGGAUCUUGGGAUAUGAGUAAAUUUUUGAACAUCCAGUGCCGUAUUAGCCGUAUCAAAUACCCUUCUUUUGCCAAAAAGUGGAUCAAUAUUCGCAAAUCAUAUGGGAACUUCUAUAAGGUUCCAAGGAACCAGACCAAACUGACAAUCAUGCUUGAAAAGCUGGGCAUGAAUUAUGAUGGGAGACCUCACAGUGGACUUGAUGACUCUAAAAACAUUGCAAGGAUAGCUAUAAGGAUGCUGCAGGAUGGCUGUGAACUGCGGGUGAAUGAGAGAAUGCAUGCUGGACAGCUUAUGACAGUUUCCUCCUCAGCCCCCUUAGAGGGAGCCCCUGCUCCACAGAUGCCCCGCCACAGAAACUAGCAGUUCUGCGUUCUGCCUUCGGAACUCCUCUCAGAUACUGGCUAAAGACUGUUGAGCUUAUUAAACGGCCACCUCUGCCAACCUGUCUGCAAUGCAGAAUCUGAAAGCACCUUAAUUAAUCGUCUCUGUUGAAAUAAAGAGGAGUAUGGAAGCUCUUUGCUCUUUGAAGCCUGUGUUACAGCAUUUUUUAUAUAUACUGAUGAUUUUUUGUUGUUGUUUGCAACUUUAGCAGGCAGAUUGAUAUGCAGAAUCCAGGCAAAGUGUUAAGCUUUUAAGAACAUGUAGUUUAAACACAUGCAAAGAUUUGUUGGGCCUGUGCGCUGCUGUUCCACCCCUGCCUGUGGGUAGUAUUUAUUCACUGUGCCAUACUCUGAUGAUAUCUAGCAUCUGAUUAUUCAUUGCACACGAAUAAGACAUUGCUGGAAGAACUGAAAUAGCAAGUGGUCAGGCUGGCCUUUCCUGAUAAGGCACUCUUCUAAGGGUUCCUGCUGGUAAUUUUUUUUUUUUUUUUUAAACAAAGUCAAGGGAAAAUAGGAGCAUGUUCCUCAGGUCUAAAACAGUAGAGAAAUACUGUGUUGUUUAUGUUUGCCUUUUUUUUUUUUCUUUAAGGGAUAUGUUUGUCUGCUUCCACAUCAAUUAGAAGAGCUGUGUAUUGAAUAAAAAUCCCAUUAAUGCAG